AUGGAGAACCAGGGCGCAGAGCCGCAGAAUUACGAGGACGUGCAGAGGAGCGGAUACCUCCGCAAGCACAAAUCGAUGCACCGGCGCUUCUUCGUGCUGAGGGCGGCCUCGGAGCGCGGUCCCGCUCGCUUGGAGUAUUACGAGAACGAGAAGAAAUUCCGCAGCAAAUCUCCCGUGCCCAAGAAAGUGCUGAACCUGGAGACGUGCUUCAACAUCAACAAGCGGGCGGAUUCCAAGAACAAGCACCUGAUCGUGCUCUACACCCGCAGCGAGAGCUUCGCCGUGGCCGCCGACAGCGAGGAGGUCCAAAACGAGUGGUACCGAGCCAUGCUGGACCUCCAGUGCAAUUGCCGAUCUCCCGAAGACUACGGAAGUAGCGGAGAGUGUAGCUCUCCCUCUCCGAUUCCAACUUUUAAGGAGGUGUGGCAAGUUAAAGUUUGGCCCAAAGGUCUCGGGCACGCCAGGAACUUGGUGGGCAUCUACCGCCUGUGUCUGACUGACAAGACGGUCAACUUUGUCAAGCUCAACUCUGACGUGGCGGCUGUGGUGCUGCAGUUGAUGAACGUUCGCAGGUGCGGCCAUUCGGAGAACUUCUUCUUCAUCGAGGUGGGCCGUUCGGCCGUGACCGGGCCCGGAGAGUUUUGGAUGCAGGUGGACGAUUCUGUGGUGGCCCAGAACAUGCACGAGACCUUGCUGGAGGCCAUGAAAGCGCUAAGCGAGGAGUUCCGUCAGCGCAGCAAGUCUCAGUCCGUGGGGACGUCGUGCGGCGGCGGAACCGCUUCCAAUCCCAUCAGCGUCCCGAGUCGCCGGCAUCACCCCAAUCUGCCGCCCAGUCAGGUGGGCUUCACCAGGCGAGCCCGCACGGAGACCCCGGGCGGCAGCAGUACCGGCACCUCGCCGACGUCGCGCCACGGAUUCCCGCGGGCUCGGACGGCGAGCAUCGGGGCCAGGUCAGAGGAGAGCGCGGCGAGCACCAGGUCGACGUGGGCCAGCUCCAGCCCGAGUCUUAACGGAUCCUGCUCGACUACUCCCACGCUCAGGCCCAAGCCCACCAGGGCCCCCACCCCUGCCAAAAUUACCCUCAGCCUGGCUCGCUACACGCCUAACCCGGCUCCCUCUCCGGCCCCGAGCCUGUCCUCCAGCUCCGGUCACGGUUCAGAGUGCGGCCUGGUGGGCGCGGCGGCGGCGGCGGCGGCGGGAGCCAUGACGGUGUGCUCCUACCCCCGCGUGUCUCAGAGAGUUUCCGUUUCAGGUUCGCCGAGCGACUACGGCUCCUCGGACGAAUACGGCUCCAGUCCCGGUGAACACUCGCUGCUCACGCCCGGUAUGGCUGCCCACCACGGGCACGGAGAAGGACCCUCGAGCUACAUUGUCAUGGGUCAGCGAGAGGGCUUCUUCGGCUCCCAUCACCGCUCCAAAGGCCGACGGAUUCUCCGCCGCUCGUCCAGUCGGGAUUCUGAGGCAGAACGCCGACUGCUGAGCAAGCGAGCUUCUCUGCCUUUGGCCACCCACGAACGACUGGCUUCACACCGGAAAGAGGACGACGAGGACGACGAAUAUGCCAUCAUGUCGCGGAGUGGCAGCAGAGAAGGCGGCGGCGGCGGCGGCGGCGCGGCGGUGGCCUUCGGCCGACGUGAUAUGGCGGGAGAAAACGGCAAGAGGAGAGAAGCGGACGCGAGAGCGCCUUCGGACAGCGGCUACAUGGCAAUGCUGCCCGGAGUCACGUCUCCGGCCGCGGAUGACGAGUACAUGGCCAUGACGCCCAGCAGCAGCGUGUCGCCGCCCCGGCACAUGCGCCGGCCCGGCUCAGAGGGCUACAUGGUCAUGUCCCCAAAUAGUUGCGUCCCCACCGAGUCGCACGGGACGCCCACGUGGGACGGCCGGCUGAGCGGAGAGAGCCGAGUCGCCGGCGACUACGUGAACGUCUCGCCCGUCAGUAGCCGUUCCGCUUGCGGCACGCCGCCUUCCCACCCCGAGCAGCACCAACUGCAACCCAAAAUGUUCAACUCCUACUUUUCCCUGCCCCGAGCCUAUCAGCACACCCUCUAUAGUCGCUUUGAGGAAGACCUAAAGAAAGGCGAGGGUGCUGGAAUGAGCGGGCCAAGUAAGAGGAACAAAGCGGGAGUGGCCCCUGCCGGAGACUUCCAACUCUCCAUGUCUUCCUCUUCUUUCUCGUCCAGCUCGGCCAGCAGCGAAAGCCUGGAGGACAAGUGCGCCUCGGCGGGAAAAGCCUUAAGCCUCUACAGGAGCGCGGGAACGUGCGCAAAAGACGGCCGGCACCUGCAGAAACGCGCAUCCGGCUGCAAGAGCCCGAAGCCGCAAAGGAGAGGCCGCCCUCUCGCUACGUCUUCAGACAUGGCCAAAGCAAACACGUUGCCCCGGGUCAAGGAGAACGUGCCCCCCGCGGCGCCUCACCAUGUCGGCGACUACGUCAGUAUCGUGUUUGAGGAAGACGCCAAGUUCAACGGCACUCACGGAACCCUUCAGCCCGCCAACCAGAACCGGCCCCUGCUUGUUCCAGACAACGCCGCCGACCUCCCUCGCAGCUUCUCCGCGCCGUCGGCCGCCUCUGCCGACUACGUCGGCAAGUCGUCGACGCCCCGGAGCCCCCCGCGGGCUCCGCGAGAUGCCGCCCCCGAGAGUCGAGCGGAACACGCCGCGCCUUCGCCUCUGGUAGCAGAUGCAAAUCCGCCCAAAGGAAAACCGCCACCGGACCCUCUUCGUUUGUUCAUCGGCAAGAAUAUUUCGGACCCGGGCCUUUCGGCGAGACCCGCGACCGGCUCCGGUCCGCCUGUACCCAUGGAGGAGGAUGCCGGGCUGGGCUUUUCCUCCCGGUCUCCCCAACACAGUAGCAGACGCGUCCGAACUGACGCUCAGGGGCGGCUUGGACGCCGCUCGGAGACCUUUGACUCCCCGCCCUCCGCUACCGACAUCUUCCCAGAGAGCGGACAGCCGGCGGGACACCGGCGCAAUCUGGACUGCCCGCAGCGGGAAAGCGGUCCGGCGGCCGGCUCGUCCGACGCGCCGCCUCCGCAAGCUUCUUCUGAACCGGGCUUGAACUACAUCGACAUUGACUUGGCCGUUAAGGAGAGCCCCCAAGGGGGAGCCGAGCGUUCGUCUGCCGCCUACGACGUCGGCGCGGGCGCUAGCGCCGGUCUCAACACGUACGCCAGCAUUGACUUCUACAAGUCGGAGGAACUGAGAGCGCACCAUAUCGGCAGAAAGGAAGAUCAAGAUUGCUGAUGUGCGCUCAAGCCCGCGACGGAAGCAGCCCGACGAGUCCAAAGGCCGCC